AUGAAUCAACUGCUACUAAUUAGUCAACCGGCGUACUUUGAGGCAGUGUUUGGCUUUGAGAUCAGCAAGGUAGGGCUGUUGUCUGCCCUACCCCAUCUGGUGAUGACUAUCAUUGUGCCCAUUGGGGGCCAACUGGCCGACUACCUGCGGUCACAUCAAAUCAUGACCACCACCAAUGUCAGGAAACUCAUGAAUUGUGGAGGAUUUGGAAUGGAAGCCACUCUAUUGUUGGUUGUUGGUUUUUCUCACACAAAGGGUGUAGCUAUAACCUUCUUGGUCCUGGCUGUUGGCUUCAGUGGAUUUGCUAUCUCAGGGUUCAAUGUGAAUCACCUGGACAUCGCUCCUCGAUAUGCUAGUAUUCUCAUGGGCAUCUCCAAUGGAGUUGGUACUCUAUCAGGCAUGGUUUGCCCUCUCAUAGUUGGUGCUAUGACCAAACACAAGACAAGGGAGGAGUGGCAGUAUGUCUUUCUCAUAGCCUCCAUUGUGCAUUAUGGAGGAGUUAUCUUCUAUGGUAUUUUUGCCUCAGGAGAAAAGCAGACAUGGGCAGAGCCAGAGACCACCAGUGAUGAAAAGUGUGGCAUCCUGGAUGAGGAUGAACUAGCUCAUGAAACAGAAGAAUUAUAUCGCUCUGGAGGAGUGGGGCAAUAUGGAGCGAUGAGUCAGCCCAGUAUAGACCCCAAUGGAGGAGGAGGAGGAGGAGGAGGAGGAGGAGGAGGGUGGGCUACAGAUUGGGACAAAAGUGAGGAGUAUGUGCAACCUCCAGGGGCCAAUAGGUAUCUUCAUGGGGGAGAGGAAGAGAAGGAGCUAACAUAG